GAAAGAAGGAUGGUGACAAGAAUACAGCUUUCCUUCAUUCUUAAAUCUUUUCUUUUUGCUGCACCAAUGGUUUCAUUCUCACUCAUCACAUGACAAAAAUAACUAUUUUUGAGUAUGGCUCUAUGCCUUCGUCUUUUUUUGGCUCUACAUAUUCUCAAGUCAAGUGUAUUAAAGAGUUGUAAUUAUUGAGAUAGACAAUACAUAAUAGAUAGGACUACAGUCUCAGACUCUCAGAUAUGUGUAAGCUUAGAAGAUUUGUGCAUGAAGAUUAGAAAAGAGAGAAACCUGUAAUGGCAAUGAUUAAAACUGGGUUUAGUGUAGGGUCCAUGAUUUGAUCGCAGCCAAACCUAAUCAAUCACCUUACAAACGUAGACUUCACAAAUAUUUGUAAUAAUAUCAUACCUCCAGGCUGAGGCUGAUGGAGCCACCAAAAUAUUCUUAAAACCAUAUUAUUAAAUUGAGCUUGAAGAACAUCCUUUCUUCCAUUUGAAGCAGAACCAUUUCAUUAUCCAUGGCAAAUCAGAGUAUUAUUAAGUUGUUGAAGACUCAUGGGGUUUUCUAGCUGUACUUAUCCUCAGUAACUGCAUUACAUUCUUUCUUGACAGUGUGGCUAUGGCAAUGGCUGUGGCUGUGGCUGUGACUAUGGCUAUGCCUUCCUUUUCCUUUUCUUUUCUUCCCACCUGUGCUUUAAAUAUUCGCUUUUUUAGACCUGGACCUCCAUUUCCGGCAUUAAUCUAAGAUACAGUCAAAGUUCCUGCUUUUGCUUUUUGCAAAGAAAAUUCUACUCUUUUAAUCACUUUUUUCUUCCUUUAGCCCUUUUUACUACUUCCUCUGUUUUCCUUCGCCAAUCACCAAUUCUUCCACUUCCAUUCUCCAUUGGAACAAUCUCUCUCUUUUGAGUUCAAUAUAACUCUGUUUUGAGUGUGUGCGUGUGUUCUUUUUUCUUUUUUCUUAUGGAAACAAUCAAACCCAAAUCAUCUAUGAAGAGCAAGACGAGAUUUGCCAGAACAUUUCAGAAGGUAAUCAACCUCAGGAAUGCAACUCGGAUUGCGUCCAGUAAUGGAAUCUGCGUUCUGGUUUCUCACAACAAAUUCAAGGAAGAUUCGACUAUUCAUGGAGGAAAAUCCCAAAUCUUUGAGAGAAAUGAAGAAGAUGUCAAAGCUCGAAACAGGGCAGUCAUGGAAGCUCUGGUUGCGAAGCUUUUUGCGAGCGUUACUUCAAUCAAAGCAGCUUACGCUGAGCUUCAAAUGGCACAGAGUCCUUACAACAGCGACGCAAUUCAAGCUGCAGACCAGGCGGUGGUAGAUGAAUUGAAGGUCAUUUCAGAGUUGAAACGAAGCUUCAUAAAGAAAGAACUCGAUCUCUCACCCCAAGUGACGUUGAUGCUUUCAGAGAUUCAAGAACAGCAAAGUUUGAUGAAAACAUAUGAAAUAACGAUUAAGAAAUUGCAGGCUGAAUCGGAGCAGAAAGAUACCGGCAUUAUCUCGUUGAAGAAAAAGCUCGGCGAAUCAAUUUCGUUCAACAAAUCGUUGGAGAAGAAGCUGAAUGCAAGUGGUUCCUUGUCCAUGUUUGAUAAUCUUCAAUUUCCUCUACUGAAUCCAACCCAUUUUGCCCAAUUCCUGCAUUAUACCCUAAGAUCCAUCAGAAAUUUCGUGAAAUUGAUGAUCUGCGAAAUGGAAUCAGCAAGCUGGGACCUGAACGCGGCCGUCCAAUGCAUCGUCGAUUCCGACACCAAAUUCCCAGAGCCAACCCAUCGCAGCUUCGCUUUCGAAUCGUUCGUCUGCAAAACCAUGUUCGAGGGUUUUACAGCCGACGCAAAUUUCUUACUCCAAAACGAUUCCAUUUCCCACGAUAAGCAGCAAAACCACCAUAUGUUCGAAAAAUUCAAGAAGCUCAAACCAGUAAACCCUAAAAUCUUCAUAUCUCAAAACCCUAACUCCACAUUCGCUAAAUUCACCCGCGCCAAGUACCUCCAACUCGUCCACGCGAAAAUGGAGUGCUCUCUCUUCGGAAAUCUAAACCAGCGAAAAAUCAUGAGCUCCGGUGGCGUUCCCGACACGACGUUCUUCGCCGCCUUCGCCGAGAUGUCGAAGCGCGUUUGGCUUCUACGGUGUUUGGCAUUUUCACUUCACAACGACGUUACGAUCUUCCAAGUAAGGAAGAACAGCAGAUUCUCAGAAGUUUACAUGCAAUGCGUUACCGAAGAGACCUUGUUUUCUCCGGCGGAUAUGAACGACUCCGCCGUAGGAUCCGGGUCGGAGCCCCGAGUCCGUUUCACCGUAGUUCCGGGUUUCAAGAUUGGAGAGACGGUGGUCCAGAGUCGGGUUUAUUUAUCGCCGCCGAGUCGCUAAAGUCCAAUGCGGGCCGGAACUCGGAACAAAUGUGAUUGAUUGUUCGGCAAUUCUCAGCCGUUGGAUGCUAAGCUUCCAUGACCGCUAGAUCAAAAUUGAUGGAAGAGAUUACUCAGCGUACUGUAAACUAUUUUAAAUUUUUUCAAUGAAUUGUAUAAAUAUCUGUAUUAUAUACAGUCACACUUAUGCUAUAAUAUAUAUUUGAGCUACU